AUGACGCACUCACGUCAAACGGAAAUUUGCAGCUGCAAUUCUUUCUAGAAAAUCUGAAGCCGUUUGUCGCUAGCCCGCUCCAGGUCGGUCUAUCGAAGUUUAUCUGGGCUUGAACACAGCCGGCCGCCGCGUUGAAGACUAACACACGUAUCUGGAAAAAAGUGCGUAGUUUGUGUGUUAUCUGCCUUUUGUAGGUCGGAGGUCCCGGUUCUCCUCGUUUAGCGCACUAACUUCACGUUAGCCGAGUCAUCUCCGGAGCUAACGCUGUGAGGCUCUAACGUCAUGUCGAGAAUAGACUACAGCGUGUGGGACCACAUCGAGGUGUCAGACGAUGAAGAUGACAUCCACCCCAACAUCGACACACCCAGCCUCUUCAGAUGGAGACACCAGGCUCGUGUGGAGCGAAUGGAAGAUUUUGAGAAAAAAGGCGAAGACUUGAAGAAGGCACAUGUCGAAUGUCGGCGUAAGCUGGCGGAGGCACAGAAGAAAAUACAAGAGCUGACUAUUUCAUCGACCGAUGACGCCAAAGCAGAGCUGGGCAAAGCGCAGGCCGAGGAGAAGAAGCUGAAAAAGGAGGAGCGGGAUUGGGAGAAGAAGUCGACGGAACAUAACCGGGAAGAGAAGAAGAUGCCGUGGAACGUCGACACGCUCAGCAAGGAGGGUUUCAGCAAGAGUGUUGUCAAUCUCAAACCUGACUCUGCUGAUGAGACCGAAGAAGACAAGGAGCGAAAGCACAAAACCUUUGUGGAGAAAAAUGAGAAGCAGAUCAAACAUUUUGGCAUGAUGCGACGUUGGGACGACAGCCAGAAGUACCUCUCUGACAACUCUGAUCUAGUGUGUGAAGAGACCGCCAACUACCUGGUCAUCAUGUGCAUCGACCUGGAAGUGGAGGAGAAACACUCAUUGAUGGAGCAAGUGGCUCAUCAGACCAUCGUCAUGCAGUUCAUUCUAGAGUUGGCCAAAAGCCUCAAGGUGGACCCUCGCGGCUGCUUUCGGCAAUUCUUUGCCAAGAUCAAGACCGCAGAUCAGCAGUACCAGGAUGCUUUCAACGACGAGCUGGACUCAUUUAAGGAGCGGGUUCGGGGCCGGGCGAAGAUCCGCAUCGAGAAGGCCAUGAAGGAAUACGAGGAAGAGGAGCGACAGAAGCGCCUGGGACCUGGAGGACUCGAUCCUGUGGAUGUGUACGAGUCCCUGCCAGCUGAGAUGCAGAAAUGCUUUGAUGAUAAAAACAUCCAGCUGUUACAAGAUGUUAUUAGCAAAAUGGACCCGACGGAGGCGAAGGUUCACAUGAAGCAGUGCAUAGAAUCGGGCCUCUGGGUCCCCAACUCCAAGACAGACGACGGGGAUGAGAAAGAGGAAGACGGUACCUACGAGGAGGUGAAACAUGAGCCCGAGGAGGUGAAACAGGAGCCCGAAGAACCGAAGAAGGAAUGACCAACAUUGAUCCCACGAUAUGUUUCCGCAAUGUACCCACCUACUGUAUUGCGCCCCCACAAUGUGUAUGACUAGUUUGCCAAUCAUGGAACAAUGAUAUAACUUCUGUAAAAUGCUAAACUGAGACAUGAGGUAUUAGUGUUCAGCUAGCUGCACAACUCCGUCACAUCAGUAACUCCUGCUGCUCGUGUUUAGGACUUUUAUUUGUUUGGACGUCGGCUGUAUUCUUCCAUGUACUCGUAUGCACCCGUCGGUCUGUGUGGGAGAGCCGGCCUGCUUCACUUGUGCUGUCGUAUGGUUAAAAAUGUUCCAGACGUUUUCAGGUUGUGCAUUUAUUGAAUUGAAUGGAAGGGUUUACCAAAUUUGUGAUUUGUUUUGUUCGACUUUUAAGGCUUUAGCGAUCGAUGUAUUCAGCUGGUUGUUUCCCAGAAGUGACAUUUUCUACGAACUUGCUUAACUAAUGGUUGAAUUAUAUCCAACUACUCAAAA